AUGGGCUGGGAAGAAAUCGCCGCCGACAAGAAACAGCGCAUCGAAAAGUCCAUUCCGGUAGAAUGGCGCGUCGACGUGGCCGCGCUGUGUCCGAACGACUCGUUCAUGGACUUGCCGGCCAAGAGCGGUCUCUUGUCGCCCGACGAACUGGCAAUCACUGACUCGUCGGCCGUGGAUCUCGUGGCAAAGCUCGCCAGCGGCCAGCUGAAGUCGGUGGAUGUGACGUUGGCGUUUUGCAAAAGGGCGGCGCUGGCCCAUCAGGCGGUCAAUUGUGCAUUGGAGUUCUUCCCCGAACUUGCUCUGGCCCAGGCGAAGGAGCUGGACGACUACUACCAGAAACACAAGGCGCCCGUAGGCCCGCUUCACGGCUUGCCCAUCUCGCUCAAGGACCAGCUUCGAGUCAAGGGCCUCGAGACGUCCAUGGGAUACGUCGCGUGGCUGGGGAAAUACGCCAAAGAAGACUCGGUAUUAACAGCGUUGCUGCGCAAGGCUGGCGCCGUCUUCUAUGUCAAGACAAGCGUGCCGCAGAGCCUGAUGGUCUGUGAGACCGUCAACAAUGUCAUCGGGCGCACCCUCAACCCGCGGAACAAGAACUGGUCUUGUGGAGGCAGCUCCGGUGGCGAAGGAGCCAUUGUCGCCUUCCGGGGCGGUGUCAUCGGCGUCGGCACGGAUAUCGGUGGCUCGAUCCGCGUCCCGUCCGCAUUCAACUUCCUCUAUGGCAUCCGUCCCAGCCAUGGACGCAUGCCGUAUGCAAAGAUGGUGAAUAGCAUGGAAGGACAGGAGACCGUCCAUAGUGUAGUCGGGCCCCUCGCUCACUCGGUUGACGACCUGAAGCUGUUCGUCACUUCGGUCCUCAAACAGGAACCCUGGGAGUACGACUCCAAGGUCAUUCCAUUGCCGUGGAGACAGGGUGAGGAGGACAUUGUCAAGUCCAAGUUGCAGAGUGGAGGUGGAGGACUGACUCUGGGCUUCUACAACUGCGACGGAAAUGUCCUCCCUCAUCCUCCAAUCUUGCGUGGAGUCGAAACGGUGGUUUCGACCUUGAAAGACAACGGCCACACCAUUGUGCCAUGGCAGCCGUACAAGCACGAUUUUGCGGUAAACCUGAUUGGCAAGAUCUAUGCUGGUGAUGGUGGCCAGGACAUCUUCUCGGUCUUGAGGGAGUCUGGAGAGCCCGCCAUCCCUAACAUCCAAGACCUUGUCGACCCCUCACUGCCGAGGCUGGACAUGAAUGAGAUCUGGGAGCUGCAGCGCCAGAAAUGGGCAUAUCAAUGCGAGUAUCUGGAGCAGUGGCGGCUCAGGGAGGCAGAGCUCGGCAGGGAGAUUGACGCCUUCAUUGCUCCUAUGACCGCAACGGCGGCCAUUCGUCACAACCAGUUCAGGUACUAUGGCUAUGCCAGUGCCAUCAAUCUCCUUGACUGGACCAGCGUCGUUGUACCCGUGACAUUUGCGGAUAAAGCGGUGGACAAGAAGCAGACGGACUUCAAGCCAUUGACUGAAAUCGAUGGAGUUGUUCAGGCUGAAUAUGACCCUGAGGCGUAUCACGGCGCUCCAGUCGCGGUGCAGAUCGUGGGCAAGAGGCUGACCGAAGAGAAGACUUUGGCUAUCGCAAAGGAGAUUGGGCGGUUGCUUGGAAAUGAGGUGACGCCGUAG